AUGCGUUUUCCGCUUAUGGAAGGUGUUCGUCUCGCUUUCAGAUCUGGUGCGUGGAAACCAACUAGAAAGGUGAGGUUACGAUUUUAUAUUCCAGGAAAACUCGUUUGCGUUCUAUUAAAAGAAAAUAGUGUUUACCCACUGGCUUCCUAUUUGAUGUUCUGUCAUUAGACUUAACAUAUUUUUCGGUCGAAGAAAUCGUGUUAAAAACCAUUAUUCAAGAGAGGAUAUACCGGUAUAAAUAUUAAACCCACCACUAUUCCCAACUACCUCUAAAAACCCCACCAUUCCCCCCCCCCUCCCGAGGGAAACUUAUCCUACGACCAGCAUGGUCGAUCAUAUAACAUUGACACAAAUUUAAUUAAGAUAUCAAUGCACGUUAUGCUUAGAUUAAUUAAUAUUACUGCAAGAGAAUAAAGAAAUCAGUACCUCCAGUGUUGAUUCCUUUCCCUGCCCCCCCCAUCCCAUCCAGGAGGUGUGGAGAGAGGAACCCAAUAUGGAUGAAGACACUUGUCAUGAAUUUUGAUUCAGAUUUUCAAAGGAGGCCAAUCACAAGGCAAGUGUUUUGGGUUGGUAUAAUUGGCUGCAAGGGCUGUGCUCUAGCCAAGCCCAUAACUGCUAUUGGUAUCUAAAUUAAGUCCAUGGCCUUGUAUAAUUUGCUUUGAUAAAAGCUUUUAAGAGUUAGGCACCCAGAGGAACCAGAGCCUCCAGUCACUCUGUGAUUCUCAUAAGUGCAGCUUUGGGUGGCUAGCUAGUAUGUAAGUGCAACUUGUAAUUAACCUUUUAGCCCUUAAGAAUGACUAUCACCUAAUUUCUCCCUACAAUCACUGGUGAAUCAACCAUUAAGGUUGUGAGAAUAAAGAAAAUUAUCACCAACUAAAAAAGCUCUUGGUUUUUAAGCAAAUUCUCCUUGCCAAUACCAAAAGAAACACAUAGAGAAGAGCAGGGAGAAAAUACUGACUGAUGUUCAGGCAAAAAGUAGGUUAAUGCUAAUUACCUUAAAUGUUUGGAAAUUUUCAGGAAUGGCUACUAGGGACAUCUUGUUUGCAGACAGAAGAGAAAGAAAGAAUAAUGAAUUUUGUCUUCAAGAAAGAUGCUAAAUCAGCUCUGGUAAGUAGCCACAUUUCAACCCAUCCUACUGGUAAAUUGUUUUCAUUGUGGGAGAUGUUUUGAGCUGACGUUUCUUGUACUGGAUUCCAUAUGCAAAAGCCUGACUUCAAACCCUGACAAAGUCAUAGUGCGGUUUUCUUUGGCAAGUUACCUUCCACUCAUAGUACAUCUCUCAAUAACUAGAGUCUGAGCUCAAAGUCCUGCAUUAGUAGAACUGUAAGCUAAUCUGUUUAUUCGCACAAAUUAUAGAAAAUCAUGUUGUGUUAACUAUAUUUUUUUUUUUGUGGUAGAUUGGAAGACUUCUAAUGAGAAAAGUGAUCAGUGACUUCACAAAGAUUCCUUAUAAUGAGGUGAUACUGAAAAGAACAGAGAAGGGAAAGCCUUUCUUGGUAAGUAAGCUCAUUUUAAAACCUAAAUUCCUUCCCCUAGAGUCAAACCAUUUCACUGUAAAAUCAAAAUUAUGUUUUUGUUUGUCUCCCUUAGGCUAAUGAUCCUAUGGAACCAUCACAGAGAAGGUUUAACUUCAACAUAUCACAUCAGGUUGUGCAUCUGUAUGAUAUUGUGUGGUGACAUGUCAUUUAUAAAUUACUAACAUUGAUUAGAAUAUUGGAGCUGAUUGGUUGGCCGUAUUCAGAGCAAUUAUUUAUCCCAAUAAAAGCAUCACUCAGAGCUUUGCUCCAAGGGACCUGUCAUUUUUAGGAGGUGGGGGAAGGGGUGUUAUUAGAUGCAGUUUUUGUAAUUACCCUCUCCCAAUUUCUUGCUAAAAAGAAUCUCUAAUUCUUCUCCUUUUGUGAUCCAGGGAAGUUAUGAACCUCCCCACAGCAAGCUUUUAAAAAAUUAUGUGACCCUCCCCUUUUGGGUUGCAUAAAAAGUAAUCACCCUUCCCCUAUUUGCACUAGUUCUCUCUCCACCCCUCUCUAAUAAAUGACAGGUGUCUAAGACAUGAAGCUGCAGAAAUGCCACUGAUAGGUUUUUUCAUAAUCUCUAUUGAUAAGAGGUGUCGUUCCUAUUGGGUCAUUAUGGUAUAAGUUAGAAGAUAAGUGAGAUCAUUAGACUCAUUGGUUUCUCAGUGGUUUUCUUGCCAAAAUUGACCAACCCAUAUGUUGGAGGAGUAUCUCCAAAGAAAGAUCCACUUAAAAAAAAAAAAUGAAGGUCAACUUUAUUAUCCUGGAGUGUUAAGAGAGGGUCUAUGGUAUUGAGCAGUAUAUAAUUUGUUGCAUUCGAUCUCACUUCUAAUUCUUACAGGGAGACUUCACUGUGUUAGCUGCAGAGCCUAAAUCGCAAGGUAUGCUUCGUUUCUCUAUGAUCGCUUAAACCUUUAACUUCUAAGAGAAACUGGCUUCUAAUUUCUCUCUACAAUAUCACCCUUGAAUCAAAUGUGUAGGUCAUGAGAAUAAAGGAAAUGAUCACCCAUUUAAGAAGUGAUUUUCAAACAAAUUCUCCUUGUCAGUACCAGAGAAAAUGUAUUAAAUGUAUUGAAAUAAGUAUGGAGAACUUGCAUAUUGAUGUUGGGGUGUAAAGGGUUAAUGAUUAAUUGAUACAUAAUUUUUUUCAUUUGUCAGCUAUUAUUAAUAUGAAAGUUAGCUUUCAGGUAUAGAUUAAAGUCUUAAGUGAGGCCUUCAUAAGUCUUGAUGACUGUACUGUUUUUCGGCUAUCAAAUACUAAACAGCACCAAAAUUGUUUUUCUUCUCUAGUUGGUGUUGAUGUAAUGAAAACAACAUACCCAUGUAAGUUAAAAACAUUUUCAGCCUCAACUUUGAAAAAACUUAGCCCUCCUUCAAAAUUUUUCUGAAACAACAUUUAAUUUAAGUUUCAAAAUUAUCUAUCUUCAAGCUUCUUCUACUGUGCCUGGAUUUUUUCACACCAUGCGUAAGCAGUUUACUGGAUAUGAAUGGCAAACAAUCAAAUCUCAGCCUUCCGAAUGGAAUCAAUUGCAGAUGUUUUACAGACACUGGGUAUGUUUCAGUCAGCUUGCGAGCAGGUCCUUAUUAUAAGCGCUGCCGGACGCGCGUUUCCCCGCCGGCGGGAAGAUGUGUCGAGUCGGGGAUCUGGCGCUAAUAACAAUCAGAGUCAGCCCCCUUGCAGACUUCUCGCGGGCUCGCGUUGCCAACGGCCACAUACUUUCCCGCGGGCAAAGAAUCCCUCGCGCGAAGUAUACCUUGUGCCGAAACACUGAUAAUGUUUCAGUUUAAAGGCGCCGAGAGCUGUUAUGGGAAAUUUAAGUUAUUUAUCAUUAAUGAUGCAUAUAACAAAUAAAGAUGUUUUCAAACUCUUUUAAGAUUUAAAUCCCGUAAAUGUACUAUUUUAAAUGUUAAUUGUGAGAUCACAGCCUCAUAACGCACUUCAAUGUCAGGCAGAAGAAGAUGUGUUUGUUAGAGCUAUUUCCAAUUUGAAUUCCGUAAGCCUGGAAACAUUAAAAUUAACUGUUACAUUGUUUCAAAAUUUCCGCGAAGAUGUCCAAAAUUGUCGUUGUUGCGUUUCAAGUGAGACAUGAAGUAAGGCGUAUUUGGAAAACAAAAUUACACUUAAAAGGGACGUUAAUGUCAAGUUUCUCUUUCGUUGGUGUAAUAUUCUUGAGGGCAGUAUUUUUCAGCAGUUUUUUCUAGAAAUUCGAUUGGUCUAACGUUUCGUUUCUUUUCCAGUGUCUGAAAGAAAGUUACGUAAAAGCUACAGGGACUGGUAUAGGACGUGAUUUACAGUCUGUUGAAUUCCAGAUAAAUACCAAAGAGCUGUCUCCUCAGGUUUGUUCUGCUCCUACUGAAAUUGGUGGAAAGGUUUGGCCUAGAUUCAUUCAAAUCAAAAUAAUAAUGCCGUGGGUCAGAGCGCUUUUCAAUUGAGUGUUGUUAAACCAAAAGCAAAGUUAUCACAAUGGCCACUGAUUCAAACGAAAGAAAAAGAGCCUGGAAGAACUGCAAGUACACACAACUAAACUGGCUAAAGCGCGGGAAAACGCGGGUGACCAUGUCGUGAUUGGUUCGGAAAGCUGCCGUAGGAAAAUUACCGUGAAGUUCCUGUUCAGUCGCAUUCCUGAUACCUGUAUAGCAAAGAGAAAAAAAAUUACCGAUAUUAAGAGCUCAAACGAAGAAUGUGUUUUUUUCAUUUUUUAGAAUGUGACAUCCGAUACAAAUUUUUUCCUUGAUGAAGACGAAAUGGACGGCUGGCUGUUUGAAGAAACCAAACUCGAUGACUUGGUAAUAUUAAAAAAAAUUAUGAAGUUUAAUUACGUCUAACGUUGUGUUUUUAUUAGCACAAACUAAGGUAUUGCUGUUUUGUUAAAUCUUAUUUUUGUGGCCGUUUAUUUUUCAUUCAGCACCAAGUGGCAGUCGCUUUAGGUCCUUCACAUACAACCUACAAGGAAACAAGGUGCGAACUAAACAGCUGACUCAUGUCCGCGUAUACUGAGGCACUCGUAACUGUAAAAUGUAGGCACAGCCCUCGUGCGAUUUUCACACUUAUUUCACGUGCAAAAUUGUUUUCGUCUCUUUUUAUCUAUUAUCGCAACAUUCAAUCUGUCUCCAAACUUUUAUCUCCCACUUUCCUUAGUGAAAAGGGGGCCAAAAGUGAAGAAAUAAACGGCAUUUUCUUAACUGCUCAAAGAAGAUUUACACAACUAGUUUUCAGAGGAAGUAUCGAUACAAGACAAGGGACACUUUGAGAAGCCCUUAUGUUCAAAAACUGUCAUAUAAAUUUCUGAACUUGUCCAUUAAGGGAAAAUUUAUAGAAAAUCUAUGAGUAGUCUUCUCCUCGCGUGAAAGAACUUAGCUACUCUACUCAGCCAGAAAGUCUGCGAACAAUGAAACAAAGAAUUUUCUCGAACGUUGGAAUUGAAAUCCCAAAUAGAUGUAGUGUAAAUAAUGCAAUGUAUUGCUAAAAGAAAUUCAAACAUUGUUUCUUAACAGAUCGGGGUUUUCCACUUUUAAGAUACUUCAGUUUGAUGAUAUCGUGUCUUCAGCCAUUCCGCUGUUUCCAGAAGUUGAAUCAGAUUGGAUCGAGUUUCAAGCAAAGAAAGAAAAGUCUUAGUGAUGGAUAACACUGAUAAAACAAACAGAUCGUGGACGACAUUGUGAACUGCAUAGCGCUGAAAUAGACCAAUUAUCUUCAACGCUUUACAAGACUAUUUAAAACGAAUGUAAACAAAGAGAAAUUGAACAAAGUAAUGAUGUCUUUACAAAAAAAAAUACUUUUAUCCUUUUAAAGCUUCAUCGCUGAGCGACACAAGUAUAAAUAUCCAAUUUAAGAUGUCUAACUGGAUUAUAUUUGUGACGUACCAUGAAGUAGCUGGGCUAGGUGCUGGUAUAACCAUGUGUUAAGUUCGGCUAAUUGAAAUAUGUAGACUGUAUGUUCAACUUCCAAUGGAAACCCAUAAAGGGAAACGGGAGCUGAAAAUUCACAGAUAAGGGUUGUCUGAGCUUGCGUAGUAUAUGUACACUUGGUCUGCUGCUCUAGUUCAAUAUUAAAACCAAC